GAAUUUUUGUCAAAGCAUCUGUCAGAAGAAUAGAAGCCAUUUUGUGAAGCGCUAGUUGAGAAUCUUCAGUUUUUGCUUUUAUUAAUAAUUAUGGCUAUUAGCUUGUUAAAUCCUAAAGCUGAGGUGGCCCGAGCCGCCCAGGCUUUAGCGAUAAAUAUAUCCGCGGCUAAAGGUAUUCAGGAUGUGAUGAAAACGAAUUUGGGUCCGAAGGGAACCAUGAAAAUGUUGGUUUCUGGAUCUGGGGAUUUAAAAAUCACGAAAGACGGCAAUAUUUUGCUUCAUGAGAUGCAAAUUCAACACCCUACAGCCUCUUUGAUUGCCAGGGCUUCCACUGCUCAAGAUGACAUGACUGGGGACGGUACAACCUCUACGGUUCUAUUAAUCGGGGAGCUGCUGAAGCAGGCUGAUAUCUACAUUGCUGAAGGGCUGCAUCCAAGGAUUUUAUCGGAGGGAUUUGCGGAGGCCAAGGAUAAGGCUUUGGAAAUUCUGGACAGUAUCAAAAUCGAUAUUGAGAUCAACAAGGAAAAUCUCUUGGAUGUCUGCAGGACUAGCUUAAGGACUAAGGUUCAUCACAACUUGGCCGAUGUUCUGACCGAAGUUUGUGUCGAGGCAGUGCUUGCAAUCCGCCCCAAAGACAACAAACCAGUUGAUUUGCAUAUGGUUGAACUGAUGCAAAUGCGACACAAAACUGAAGGCGAUACCACUUUAGUUAAAGGCUUGGUUCUGGAUCAUGGUUCUCGGCACCCCGAUAUGCCAAAACGCCUUGAGAAUUGCUACAUUCUAACUUGUAACGUAAGUCUGGAGUAUGAGAAGAGUGAAGUGAACUCAGGAUUCUUCUACAAGACUGCCGAGGAACGCGACAAAAUGGUGCUUGCCGAGCGCGAAUUUAUCGACAAUCGCGUAAAGAAGGUUAUUGCUCUGAAAAAACAAGUUUGCGAUGGAACCAACAAGACCUUUGUAUUGAUCAAUCAAAAAGGAAUUGACCCUAUGAGCUUGGACCAACUGGCAAAAGAAGGUAUUAUUGCUUUGCGGCGUGCCAAGCGCAGGAAUAUGGAACGUCUUGCUUUGGCUUGCGGAGGAACUGCUAUGAACACUUUUGAUGAUCUAAGUGAAGCCAGUCUUGGAUACGCUGGCGUGGUUUACGAACACGUUCUUGGAGAAAAUAAGUACACGUUUGUUGAACAGUGCAAGAAUCCUCAAUCUGUCACUAUUCUAAUGAAAGGCCCCAACAAACACUCCUUGGAACAAAUCAAGGAUGCCAUCAGGGAUGGACUGAGAGCUAUCAAUAAUGCUAUCGAAGAUAAAGCAGUUAUUCCAGGUGCUGGCGCCUUUGAAAUAAUUGCCAAUAGAGAGCUUCUUAAGUGGAAGGACACCGUCAAGGGAAAAACCAGGUUGGGAGUUGUAGCAUAUGCCGAGGCUUUACUGGUAAUUCCGAAAACAUUGGCUACUAACUCUGGUUUUGAUGUCCAGGACACCAUUGUGAAACUUCAAGAGGAAAGUCAAAAUAACCCGGAACCUAUUGGGUUGGAUCUCUCGUCUGGAGAGCCCAACAACCCUAAGGAUGUAGGUAUUUUCGAGAAUUAUAUUGUUAAAAAACAGAUCGUCAAUUCCUGCUCAGUAAUUGCCAGCAAUUUAUUAUUGGUGGAUGAAAUUAUGCGGGCCGGAAUGAGUAGCCUCAAAGGAUAGGAAGGAGAAGGCUUUGCGUAUUUUCAUUUGUAAUCUGCGUAUUUUAUCAGAGAAACAUUAAUCAGCUUUGACUAAUAGAAUUUGUAUUGUCACCAAUUUAAUAAAGUUGCAAAACUGCAUUUUAAUCUGA